CGGCCCCGCCCGCCCGCCCACCGCGGCCGCCGGCGGCGGUGGCACCGCGCGCAAGCUGCGAUCAGGCGAGUGGAGGGGACACCCCGGCCCGGGGCUCUGCCGCGGCCCGCCCCGGCCCCGCUCCUAUAGGCUGCGGCGCGCCCCGCGUCCGGCCCCGCGCCCCGGGCUGUUGCUGGAGUGGCCGAGCUCCGCUGUCACUUGGGCCGCGCCGCUGCCCGGGGCGGGGGGCGGAGGUGGGAGUACCGGGCCGGCGGAGACGCGCUCCGCCAAGUGUUGCCCGGAGUUUGCCUCUCGUCAGGCGGAGCAGGCGGGCGGGCUCAGCCGGCUGGGCUGAGAGCGCGGCGGCGGCAGAGGAGAGCGCGGCGCGGAGCCGAGCCGGUGGCGAACAUGACACUUGACUGAAGACUGCAAAUCACCAUGAAUGAAGUUGCUUCCCUCUGAGCUUUACAUAAGCAACCCCGUCCUAUGAGGAGGAGGAUCCAUCAGCGUUCUUAGCUGUACAAUGGGGACUACAGGUGACGACAUGGCUUCGGUGGAGCAGAAUGCCUCCUUAAACCCCCUGUGUUUUGAGUGUGGCCAGCAGCACUGGACAAGGGAGAACCACCUCUACAACUACCAGAAUGAAGUAGAUGAUGACUUAGUCUGCCAUAUUUGCCUUCAGCCCUUGUUGCAGCCAUUGGACACUCCCUGUGGACACACUUUCUGCUACAAGUGCCUAAGGAACUUUCUGCAGGAGAAGGAUUUCUGCCCACUGGAUCGAAAAAGACUUCAUUUUAAACUCUGCAAAAAAUCCAGCAUUCUUGUUCACAAACUGUUAGACAAGCUGUUUGUUUUGUGCCCUUUCUCUUCCGUAUGUCAGGAAGUCAUGCAGCGAUGUGACCUGGCAGCACAUCUGAAAAACAGGUGUCCUGGGGCUUCUCAUCGGAGGGUUGCUCUGGAGAGAAGGAAAACAAGCAAGCUGCAAGCAGAAGGAGAGGGUGAAAGUGGUUCUGGUGGGCCAGAGCAGCCCAGCAGUUUAUCCCCUGACGCAGAUCAGGGCAUAGUGCCAGCCGAGCAGAGCUUCACUUCGCCCGCCCUCCCUGCCUGGACAGAUGAGCCCGGCAUUGACAACCCACCUUUUGAGGAGAACACAGUAGCAGACACAAAUCCACAGCCACCUACAUUGCCUGAAGGAGAGAUCACUACUAUUGAAAUUCAUCGCUCCAAUCCUUAUAUCGAAUUAGGAAUUAGCAUAGUGGGUGGCAAUGAAACGCCUUUGAUCAACAUUGUCAUUCAAGAGGUGUAUCGAGAUGGGAUCAUUGCCAGAGAUGGAAGACUUCUUGCUGGAGACCAAAUACUGCAAGUCAACAGCUUUGACAUAAGCAACGUGUCCCACAACCAUGCCCGAGCUGUGCUGUCGCAGCCAUGCUCGGUGCUGCAGCUGACGGUGCUGCGGGAGCGGCGGUUCGGCGGCCGUGGGCAUGGCCACGGGGACACGGCAGGCGCCGGCCGGGACGACAGCUUCCAGGUGACACUGCACAAGCGCGACUCCAGCGAGCAGCUCGGCAUCAAGCUCGUCCGCAGGACAGACGAGCCGGGAGUGUUCAUCCUCGACCUUUUGGAAGGGGGGCUGGCUGCUCAGGACGGCAGGCUCUGCAGCAACGACCGCGUGCUUGCCAUCAACGGACACGACCUGAAGCACGGGACGCCUGAGCUCGCCGCUCAGGUUAUACAGGCUAGUGGGGAGAGAGUGAAUUUGAUCAUCUCCAGAUCCCUGAAGUCACAGACAGUCAGCAUUAUCCGAGACACCGGGACUCACAACAGCAACCCACACCAACACCAGUCUCAGCAGCUGUUUCACAGCAGACCCAACUCACAUAAGGAUCUCUCCCAGUGUGUUACCUGCCAAGAAAAGCAUAUUACUGUGAAAAAAGAGCCACAUGAAUCUCUGGGAAUGACAGUGGCAGGAGGCAGAGGCAGCAAAAGUGGCGAAUUGCCCAUCUUCGUGACAAGUGUGCAGCCUCAUGGGUGUUUGGCGAGAGACGGCAGGAUUAAGCGAGGUGACGUGCUGCUGAACAUCAACGGCAUCGAUUUGACUAACUUAAGUCACAGCGAGGCAGUGGCCAUGCUGAAGGCUAGUGCUGCCUCUUCAGUAGUGGCACUGAAAGCUCUGGAAGUUCAGAUUGUAGAAGAGCAGCCCCAGGCUAAUGAAGAACAACUGAGUACCAUCAGUGAAAAUGAAUACGAUGCCAGCUGGUCACCGUCAUGGGUCAUGUGGCUGGGACUUCCAAGCUGCCUCCAUAGCUGCCAUGACGUUGUCCUGCGGCGGAGCAAUUUGGGGAGCUGGGGUUUCAGCAUUGUCGGUGGCUAUGAGGAGAACCACACAAACCAGCCUUUCUUCAUCAAAACCAUUGUUCUUGGAACCCCCGCAUACUUUGAUGGAAGAUUGAAGUGUGGCGAUAUGAUCGUUGCAGUGAACGGACUCUCCACGGUUGGAAUGAGCCAUUCUGCACUCGUUCCCAUGCUGAAGGAGCAGAGGAACAAAGUCACUUUAACAGUGAUCUGCUGGCCUGGAAGCCUCAUCUAGACUUCUGAAUCACUUUGAUUCAAGUAGCCCCUUUUUCUAGGUAGCUGGCACAAAAGCCUCCUCUGCCUUUUUUUCCCUAUUGAUACAGCUGGUUAUAAGCAGGGCCAAAACUGCUGUAUUUUCCUUCUGAUUUUUUUUAUGGGCCUCUCAGACUUGCUGUAUAUAUCUUUCCAUCCUGAAAUAGCCAUUUCUGUUUGCUGUAUCCAUUGCUGCUGCAAAUGCAAAUAUACACGAGCUCACAGAGAACCUCCCACUCCGAUCUGCCCAUCAUUGAGCUUUCCCCUUCAGGCCUGUAGAGUCAGCAGAACAACUCAGUGGUUCUUUGGGUUUCUCUGCACAGUCCUCAAGUCAUGUGUGGUAUAUGAAAGUAACAGCCACGUGCUGUGUUCUUCCCUGCGAAGAGAACGUGCGUGAGCACCGCAGCGACACGUCUGUCUGCUGCUGCUGUGAGUCAAAGUCCACUUCCAAACGUACAUCUCUCCCUUUUGUAAGCCUUUCUGGGUUUGAUUGAGUAUUUCAGACUGACCAAGUAAUCCAUCUGACUCAUCAGAAGUUACUCAGCCCCCCCCAAAUUUUUCUGGCAGGGCAUCAGUGUUCAUAGAAAAGACAGGACAAAAGCCUGAUAUUACUGGAAUUUUUAUAAAGUGCAAUAAUUGGACUCUUUGUUAGGAAACUUUAGUACAUUACAGAGUUUGUAUCCUAUAAUGACAAGAAAUACAGUGAUGACUGUUGCAACGCUGGCAAGAACCCAUGCCCGAGGUUGCCCGUGAGUGGAUGGCUCGCAGCAUUAGGACUUUCCUUUACAAGUGAAUGUUUUGCUAUGUCUGAGAAUUUUGAUGAACAUUUUUACAAGGAUCAUUUUUACCGUUUCUAUUGUAGCUGUCAGCUCUCUUUAUUCAUGUGUGGAAACAAAUGCUUGGACUUGUACUUUCUAAGUGAGAGAGUUUAUUUCCAGGGAAAGGAAAAAAGGGAGCUAUUAAGAAACCAUGUGUUAUGGUUUACAGGUGGGCAAGCUAGAAGGGAGGCCCUUUGAAUUCAAGUCCAACUGCAAAGGAAGCUGCAAAGUUUGCUCUUACUCUGUCACCUCCUGACAAAUGUGCAAAUGCCUCGACACCAAAUGCUGAAACCAUCUCUCCUGCACUUUGGGAUAUUAGUAUUUCUUUUCCUUUAGAGAGCACCUGCAGUUAAGUUGUCAGCAAGACUAAUGCUGUUUAUCUUGGAUUGUAUUUAGUAUUUUUACAAACCAAGCUUUAACUUCCAGACUUUGCCUUUCCAUGCUGUCUGUGGGCUAAGCACCCAUUUGUUUAAGAAGAGAGGGCUGGAGCGCAGAACGAAAUGUGCCGACCUGGAGCUCACCCCGUGUGUUGUCGGUGUUCUGCAUAUUUGACAAAAGAGCUUCAUUUAUAAACCAGGUUCCCAACCUGAACUGAUUUUAUGAAUGACCUCUGCAUUGUAUUAUUAAUUACCAGGGAAUGUAUAUGAGAGUCACAGCAGAUGUCAGUUGUGAAGCAUGAAGCACGGGCUUCAUUCUCUUCUCAGAAUUCAGCGGUGCAACAUCAGGGCCGUAUUAGUGCAUGUCAUGAGUUCCAGGAGCUUUGUUUUCCAAAGAAAUAAAGUUACUCUUUUGCAAAAAAAAAAAAAAAGAAGAAAAGUAAAAGUCUCCUAUGAUUGAAGUGGUUUCAUUUCUCUCUCUGUAACGUAUGCUACCAGUUUAAUUUCAUAAUGUUAAAGUACAAAAGAAUGUCCUCUACAGUAUAUUACUGUGCUGAGAAUCUUUGUUUCUGAAGCAAACACCAAACUUAUUUGAUACUCUGAUUUGAGACCGAGUUUCCUCCCAUCCCUAGAUGCUGUUUAACUGUAUGCUUUGCUCUUAAUGCAGACUUAUGGCUUUUUUUUAAUACAUCUUAGUGUAGCUCUUAGGGAAGAUUUUGGCAUAUGUACUAGAUUUAAUGGGUUUUUUAUUUGUAAAACGACACUUUUCAUUCAGAACCCUGCAAAACUCAGAUUUUUAGAUUCUUUUUCUUUCAUUUGUAUGUAUAAGAAAAGCAUGGGUUAGCUUAAACUGUGCAGUUUUGUUUCUGUGUGCUGUAGCUUCUGAUCAGAACGUCUAGUGAUAAAACCUUUCGGAAUUCAUUCCCUUCCUGAACCGUUUUCCCUCUUUCUCUCGUAGCUGCAUAGUUGGAUUUGGUUUUCUGUGCCUUCUGUUUUAAAUUAUUUCAAGAUUUUUUUUCCAGACAUUGCUGUCUAAUUGUAUGGUAUUAAU